CGUGAAGGAAGUCAUGGACACUAAGAUGCUUGACAAAGGACAUGAACAGCCCCGAUGGACGAUGUGGAGGUGCUGUUUCUCAUCCCUUGCAAAAGAUGAUGUCCACUCCCUCCCUGCUCACACCUGCCUUGUGCCGAGUCCGGGUGUACUCGGGAAUCGUCAAUCUCUUGCGUACCUAGAGUUUUCUCCGGCCUCUCCCGUUGCUAGACUAGAGGAGAAAGUAUUGCCACAACCG